GACAUUGUUAGAUGCUUCAACCAUCUAACGACCCGCCCGGGCGGUACGCUUAAUCCCGUCUUCCCUCGGCAGAUCAUGUAGAAAGAAGAACGAUCGAUGACGGAGGCUAAGCUCUGAUGCCGAUCUGAGACAGCCUCAUUCAGAUUGCAGUCCACCGCACGAAACAAAUGCCGGCGGCCGCCGAAGCUCCGAUACCGCCAAGCGAGGGGAGGAGCAGCAACGUCUGCGUCUGGUUCAUCUCCUGCCUCUUCUUCCUCGUCCUCCUCGUCGGCGGAGGCUUCCUCGUCCUCUACAUCACCUUGCCAGAAACAGAGGACACGAGUUGGUUUCCCAUCGCUGGAAUGAUCCUGGUGGCCAUUCCCUGGGUCUUUUGGAUCCUAACAUGCUUUUACCGGCUCAUUACGAUGAGAAACAGAGGCGAAGAAGGAGGAGGAGAGAGGCAGCCGGUGGCUGUGGCUAAAGCUUCAGCGCUUAAUUCCCCGAGGACGGCGGCCGCUCAAGACUCGCCGGUCCAUUCUCCGGGCGGCGCAAGGAAGGUUCGGUUCGGCAAUGCGACCGUCAUGGGCGACGGUGGUGCGGCGGCAGGGAAGGCACCGGGAGGCAACGAGGCCGAUCAUGGAGGCUCCAAUGCCACGAACGUCGACGCUGGACUGUCGCUCAACUCGAAUGAAAGCGAAGAGCCGUUGGCUUUAUCGCCGUCAUCAGUCGCGUGAAGCUUUCCAAAAAAAAAAAAUCGAGAAAUAGAAGAAUCAUCAUCAUCGUGUAAAAACUUUUCACUGGAACGAAAUC